UGAAUAUCCUUAACAUUUUGUUACUCAGCUAGGUUUCGUCUGUGUGAGCAGAUGUGAGACAGGAGGAUUGUGUGUCUGUGACAAGAUGUUCAUUGGGGAAAAGAGAAAGAGAGGAUGAGCGAGGGGUAUAGACAGAUUGUGUUUGUGUAAGACAGCAAAACGUCAAAGUGUGUGUGUAAAAGUGUGUGGAAAUGAGAAAGGGUUGUGGCGAGAAGAAAAAAAAGAUUGAGUAUGUGGAUGAAUGGAUGUGUGUUGGUGAAAGACGAGGAAAAAAGGUGAAGAACAGCUUGGAAGUGUAUAGAGCACAAGGAUGAAAGGGAGAAAGUUUGUGUGUGUGUGUGACAUCAGUAGCAGAUGAAGGCAGCAAAAAAAAAAUAUCAGAUCUAUUUUUAACAGGUGCUUGUAUGUGCCAAAUGCAGCUUCACAGGCCAGAGCAGGAGCUCAGGUCCUCUAGAGAGCAGCCAGAGUCCUGAUUAAAACAUCACCACACACACUUACACACACACACACACUUUUGUCUCCAGUUUCUCUCACAUUCUUCUGUUCUACUAACUCGGUUAAAUUUCAGCAUGGGGUACAGUCUACAGCUACAGUUUACAGCUAUACUCUACAGUCUACAGGUACACUCUACAGUCUACAGCUACACUCUACAGUCUACAGGUACACUCUACAGUCUACAGCUACACUCUACAGCUACAGUUUACAGCUAUACUCUACAGUCUACAGGUACACUCUACAGUCUACAGCUACACUCUACAGCUACAGUUUACAGCUAUACUCUACAGUCUACAGGUACACUCUACAGUCUACAGGUACACUCUACAGUCUACAGGUACACUCUACAGCUACAGUUUACAGCUAUACUCUACAGUCUACAGGUACACUCUACAGUCUACAGGUACACUCUACAGUCUACAGCUACACUCUACAGUCUACAGGUACACUCUACAGUCUACAGCUACACUCUACAGCUACAGUUUACAGCUAUACUCUACAGUCUACAGGUACACUCUACAGUCUACAGCUACACUCUACAGCUACAGUUUACAGCUACACUCUACAGUCUACAGGUACACUCUACAGUCUACAGGUACAGUCUACAGCUACAGUUUACAGCUAUACUCUACAGUCUACAGGUACACUCUACAGUCUACAGCUACACUCUACAGCUACAGUUUACAGCUAUACUCUACAGUCUACAGGUACACUCUACAGUCUGCAGCUACACUCUACAGUCUACAGGUACAGGCUACAGCUACACUUUACAGCUACACUCUAUAGUCUACAGCUACAAUCUAUUCUCUACAGCUACAGUGACUACACUCUUUAGUCUACAGUCUACACUCUACAGCUACACUUUACAGUCUACAGCUACACUCUACAGCUAUAGUCUACAGCUACAGCAUAGUCUACAGCUACAAUCUACAGCUACAGUGUCAUCUACAGCUAUAGUCUACAGCUACAGCAUAGUCUACAGCUACACUCUACAGCUAUAGUCUACAGCUACAGCUACAAUCUACAGCUAUAGUCUACAGCUACAGCAUAGUCUACAGCUACAAUCUACAGCUACAGUGUAAUCUACAGCUAUAGUCUACAGCUACAGCUACAAUCUACAGCUAUAGUCUACAGCUACAGCAUAGUCUACAGCUACAAUCUACAGCUACAGCAUAGUCUACAGCUACAGUCUACAGCUACAGCAUAGUCUACAGCUACAAUCUACAGCUACAGCAUAGUCUACAGCUACAGUCUACAGCUACAGUGUAGUCUACAGUUACACUCUACAGCUAUAGUCUACAGCUACAAUCUACAGCUACAGCAUAGUCUACAGCUACAGUCUACAGCUACAGUGUAGUCUACAGUUACACUCUACAGCUAUAGUCUACAGCUACAAUCUACAGCUACAGUGUAGUCUACAGCUCCACUCUACAGCUAUAGUCUACAACUACAAUCUACAGCUAUAGUCUACAGUUACAAUCUAUAGCUAUAGUCUACAGCUACAGUGUAGUCCCCAGCUACAAUCUACAGCUAUAGUCUACAGCUACAGCAUAGUCUACAGCUACAAUCUACAGCUACAGCAUAGUCUACAGCUACAAUCUACAGCUAC